CUGCGCCUAAAUUCUCGCAGCAAUUUUACCACCUUUCUCUUUUGAAUUCAAACGGCAAACAUGGCAACUCCUGCACUUCUAGCCUCUUGGUUUCCUAAUCACAGUGCAAAGGCUCCUAGUAUGCGCAAUGCUCCAGCAUUCUACCGCAACCUGGAAGAAGCUCUUGAUCUGCGGCGCGCCGAGCGCAGCGUCUUCAUGGUGCGCAGCAAUGAGCCAGCCCCCGGGAGCAUUGACUUCAGCACCUUGGACUUUCUUCAUCUCUCUGCUAGUGGUGCCAUUCGUGCAGCGUUCCUUGAAGAGCUAGCGAAUAAUCCAAAAUUCGAGCUGGGUGCAGGUGGCUCCCGUUUGCUGAACGGCAACAGUGCAUACGUCGAAGCUGCAGAAGCCACAAUUGCUGACUUCCACAGUGGCGAGAGCGCGCUGCUUUUCCACUCGGGAUUCGAGGCCAACACAGCCAUCAUGGCUGCAAUUCCACGCCCAGGAGAUGCAAUUGUUUUUGAUGCAUUGUGUCAUGCCAGUAUGCACGAGGGUAUGCUUGCAAGCAAGGCACUAUGCAAGCAAUCUUUCAAACACAAUGACGUCGAGAACUUUCGUGAAGUUUUGCUGCAGGCUCUUGAAACAGAGCCACUGAUCAAACAGGGCAAACGGUCGGUACUGGUCUGUCUCGAAUCGAUGUAUAGUAUGGAUGGGGACGUGGCUCCCCUACGGGAGCUCAUCGAGGUCGCCAAAGAACUCUUCCCUGAUGGCAAUGCCCAGUUCUUAGUUGACGAGGCACAUACUACAGGUGUUCUUGGACACCAGGGUCGAGGUUUCGUGAAUGAGCUAGGCCUCGAGAACGAAGUUGCAAUUCGCAUGCAUACUUACGGGAAGGCAUUGGCCACAACAGGAGCCGUUGUGGUCUCUAAUCAAACCAUUCGUCAAGUACUCAUUAAUCAUGCUCGCUGCUUUAUCUAUUCAACCGCACCCUCUUUCCCUAUGGUUGCAGCCAUCAAAGCCGGAUACAAACUUAUGAAGACUGGCCAGACAGAAGCGUUGCAAGAAAACAUCCAGCGCCUGGUGAAACAUUUCUUCCAAGUCAUUACCGAGAAUCCAGUCUGGGACGAGGCAAAUGAAGAAGGUAUCCUGUCUAUUCCCCUUGCUGAAGACUGGGAGUCGCGUCCUUUCUUAACCCAAGUGGUGCCCGUAAUGACGCGCCAGCGGUAUACACUCUGGCUCUGCUAUCAUUUGCAACUGGCCAAGAUUUCAGCUUUCCCGAUCGAUUAUCCCGUGGUACCCAAGGGACAGGGGCGCCUACGUGUAGUCUUCCAUGCAACUAACACGGAGGCUGAAGUGGAGAAGCUUGCAGAAGCGAUCUGCGAAUGGGCACAGGAGAUGCUUGAUAUUGAAGAAAGUGGGAAAGGGAGCAGUAAAAUACCUAGUGCUGCCCGGCGAGUGCAGGCUCAGCAGGCGGCAGUGGAGGGAAAUGGGAAUGGCGUGCACGCAUGAAAAAGCCUUUGGAUCAUUUAGCCAAAAUGAUUAUUCCAAGGAAACCAUUCGUUAUUGGGACCUCGCUGUUAAGCAUACAGGUGCUCAUUCUUGAUAUGUAACUCUGGAUGCUGAUUCACCGAGUUAUUUCUUUU